AUGUCUGUCCGGGCUAAACAUCUCUUUUGUCUAAUUAAAAAGUUUUUAGAGAAAAAUGAAGGUGCUGAACCCAUACAAAAAGAAAAGAAAGACAGGUUAAAGCAACAAUUUGAUGCUGAAUUUGACAGUACAAAUGCAAAGUAUAAUGAAAUGAAGGAGGAAUAUGAAAAACAAUCUAAAUUAAACAAAGCAGCUUUUGAAGAUUUGGAUGAAACAAAAAGAGCAGAAUUGGAAGGUUUUCGGCCUGGUUUGUAUGUAAAAAUUGAAAUUGAUAAUAUUCCUGCAUCAUUUAUUGAGUGUAUGGACCCGCGUUUUCCGUAUAUUAUUGGUGGUCUUUUGCCUGGAGAACAAAAUAAUGGUUAUGUUAAAGUUCGAAUUAAAAAACAUCGUUGGUAUGACCGUUUACUCAAAUCUAGAGACCCUUUAAUUAUUUCUUGUGGAUGGAGAAGAUUUCAAACAAUGGUUAUUUAUUCUGUUCUAGAUCAUGACCACAGAGAAAGAUUUUUUAAAUAUACGCCAAAAGAAGCUUUUUGUCAUGGAGUUUUUUGGGCACCUUUUGUGGCACAAAAUACUGGAUUUUUGGGGUUACAAUCUGUUGAUGAGGAAGUGAAAUCAUUUCGCAUUGCGGCAACAGGUGUUGUACUUGGUGUAGAUAAAUCAACACAAAUUGUUAAAAAGUUAAAAUUAGUUGGACAACCACUAGAAAUAUAUAAAAAGACUGCUUUUAUUAAAGGAAUGUUUAAUAGUGCAUUAGAAGUUGCAAGAUUUCAAGGAGCUGCAAUUCGUACAGUUAGUGGAAUACGUGGAAUAGUUAAAAAGGCUAUUAAGACACCUGAUGGAGCUUUUAGAGCUUCUUUUGAAGACAAAAUUGCGGGGAAUGGUUAAUUUUAAAUAAUUUUUUAUAAUUUUUUUUGAGUUGUUUAUGCUCUAUUUUAAAGGGGAAAGGGUCUAUUUUUGUGAGAAAAUGAUUGUGUUUUAUAAGACAGACCAGGGAUGGAUCGGGUUGAGAAAAAAUGUCGUGUAACGGUUCGAAUCGGGUUUUUAAAGUUUUCUCUGGGGAUUUCUUUCGGAUCGAAGAAAUCCGGGCUCUAAAUUUGACAAAAGAUGUAAUUGCAUUUAUUUUCUUUU